AUGACGAGUGUGAUCCUCAGAAGAUCCUCUUCCCUAAUCUCGCGCCGCCUCUGCGCCUCUCUCGCCUCUGUUGAACCGCUUCCGCAUCACCGCCUGAUCGCCGCGCUCCGGCACGGUGGCUCUAGCGGCGGAGUUGGAGUCAGAUCCUUGCACGCGAAAUUUGGACCAUUGAACUUCCGCUCGUCGCCGGUUUCUCGCGCGGCGCAGUUCGCCUUGGAGCGCGACUACCCCAAUGAUGAUGUAGGUUGCAGCGUGAACUACGAUGAAGGACUCGAGAUCGCGAAACUCGGGAUAUCGACGCAUAUCGUGGAUGCUUUGGCCAAGAAAGGAAUCGCGAAGCUGUUUCCUAUUCAGAGAGCUGUGCUGGAACCUGCAAUGCAAGGACGUGAUAUGAUUGGUCGAGCUAGGACAGGAACUGGGAAAACUCUCGCAUUUGGGAUACCCAUCUUGGACAGGAUUAUUCAACUUAACGCUAAGCAUGGGCGUGGAAAAGAUCCUUUGGCUUUGGUUUUGGCUCCAACUAGAGAACUUGCACGGCAGGUUGAGAAGGAAUUCAAUGAGGCUGCACCUAACCUGGACACGAUCUGUCUUUAUGGGGGUAUGCCCAUCCACCAACAAAUGAGGCAGCUUAAUUAUGGUGUAGAUAUUGCAGUUGGCACACCUGGUCGAAUUAUUGAUCUUCUCAAUAGGGGAGCACUGAAUUUGAAGGAUGUCAAGUUUGUUGUUCUUGAUGAAGCUGAUCAGAUGCUUCAAGUAGGAUUUCAAGAAGCUGUGGAGAAGAUCUUGGAGAGAUUGUCUUCAAAUCGUCAGACUCUUAUGUUCUCAGCAACAAUGCCAUCUUGGAUAAAGAGUAUUACCCGCAAUUACCUAAACAACCCCCUUACCAUUGAUCUUGAACGUGCGAAUGGAGGAAAGUGUAUUGUUUUCACUCAAACCAAACGUGAUGCUGAUCGAUUAUCAUAUGUCAUGGCCAAAAGCCUUAAAUGUGAGGCUUUGCAUGGAGAUAUUUCUCAAACUCAGAGGGAAAGGACUCUUGCUGGCUUCAGAAACAACAAUUUCAAUGUUUUAGUGGCAACUGAUGUUGCAUCACGUGGCCUCGAUAUUCCAAAUGUGGAUCUCGUAAUACAUUAUGAUCUUCCCAAUUCAUCAGAGAUAUUUGUUCACCGAUCUGGACGAACGGGCCGUGCUGGGAAGAAAGGAGCUGCUAUUCUUGUUUACUCAGAAGAUCAAUUCAGGACUGUGAAGACUAUUGAGCGUGAUGUUGGAUGCAAAUUUACAGAG